UGCUCAAGGACUACAAUGAAUCGUUAUCUGCCCGUGGCACGACAGCACUUCCUGGCUGCCCUAGCCAGCACCAGUGUGGUAGUAAAAACUAUAAGUGCAGUUGUGGUUCUGCUCUACCUGCUGUCAUGGGCUGUUGACACUUCAUAUUCCCUAGGAGUGACCCCAGGUUACCUCUUUCCACCUAACUUCUGGGUGUGGACUCUGGUGACCCAUGGAUUGGUGGAGCAGCAUGUGUGGGGCGUGGCGGCCAACGUGGGGACAGUCAUGGCCUGUGGGCGCCUGCUGGAACCUUUGUGGGGUGCUCUGGAGCUCCUGAUCUUUUUUGCAGUGGUGAAUGUGUCUGCAGGACUCCUGGCAGGCCUCUCCUAUCUCCUCACUUAUGUGGCCACUUUCGACCUGGACUUCCUGUUCGCUGUGCGCAUCCACGGAGCAGCAGGUUUCUUGGGAGGUGUUCUGGUGGCCCUGAAGCAGACCAUGGGAGAUACCACAGUGCUCAGAGUGCCACAGGUGAGACUGAAAGCUGCUCCUGCUUUGGUCCUCCUCCUCCUGUCCUUACUGCGCUUGUCUGGGCUGCUUGACAGCUGUGCACCCCUGGCUGCAUACAGUUAUGGCUCCCUGUCCGGUUGGGUGUACCUGCGCUUCUACCAGAGACACAGCCGAGGCCGUGGGGACAUGUCAGACCACUUUGCCUUUGCAAGUUUCUUCCCCGAGGCUGUGCAGCCGGUCGUUGGACUUCUGGCCGGGCUCGUUCACGCCGCCCUGGUGAAGCUAAAGGUGUGCAGGAAGAUGGUAAAGAGAUACGAUGUGGGGGCACCGUCCUCCAUCACCAUCAGCCUGCCAGGGACAGAUCCACAGGAUGCGGAAAGAAGGAGACAACUCGCCCUGAAAGCUCUGAAUGAACGUCUAAAGCGAGUUGAGGACCAAUCUGCUUGGCCCAGCAUGGACGACGAGGAGGACGAGGAAGAGGAGGAGGUCAGAACCGACACGCAGCCUCUCCUUCCAGGCAGGCGCGACCCCUCGUCCUCUACCUCGAGAACAGCCGGGGGGCUCGUCGGUGCUUCUCUCGCGUCCUCGUCUUCAGUGUCGCAGAGCGGCGGGACGCCAUCUUCAAGCGGAGUGCAACACCCAGAGUCCAGCAUCAUUAGUUUUGAGGAUGCACCAUCUAGAUCAUAGCAGAAAUAAUUCUCUGUGUGUAGAGAGAGGUACGCUCUGUUGGGUGUCACUGUAGAGUAUACUGGCCUGUUCAGCAUUCCUGACUAGUAUACGUUUAUUUCCAGUGACGGUGCUUAGAUGUACGCUCUGUAUCUCACACUGUACGCGUCUGUGACGAGUUAAUACAACUGUGCGCUCACACUCUUAACAUCCCAGAAGACUGUAUAGUGCAUUCAGUUCAGACAAGUUGACGCUCGGCCGCGUCGGGCAAAACGAACACCUAAUGCUCGUCUUUCCUACAUAAGACUGAGAACAUCCACA